AGUUGUGAAAUGUUUCAAGUUGAGGUGUUGACCUGGAAAAAUAAUGGACCGGCACAGGAACCCCUUUACGUGUUAUUUUUGUCACGAAAAAAUCGAAAACGAAACAGAAAUGGGACAUACAUCAGUUUGUGGCAACGUCUUAAUACCUUGUCCCAACAAAUGUGGCUCUUAUGUCCCUAGGAUGGAAAUGCCCUUACACAAGAAAGAGUGUUUGAAUCGUCCGAGCCGAUCAAUGACGCGACUAACCACAACAACAGACUGUUUGGAAACGUACGAAGAUGGAAUAACAUCUCGAACAAACAAUGGUUCGAUUCGAGAACUAAUCGAGCGUUUACAGCACGAUUUUCACAAACUUUCGACCAGAUUAGCCAAUUAUGAAGUGGCCUCUGGUUCCCCAAAGUCAAAACAAGAAUUGAACAAAUUACAGUACCAAACUCAGUUACUUUUCGAGUGGAAAAAAGCGGCUGAUUUUAAACUAGACACGUUAACACAAUCGUUAAAUUCGCUAGAAAAAAGUCGAAACGAAAGCGAAUAUCACUGGAUGGGUCUCCAGCAAAAACUAAUGAAUUUCGAUAAACUCCAAAUGGACAUAAACCUAGCCACUGAGUCGUUCCUCAAAGAGCAGAAUUACAACCGACAAGCUAAUCUCGAAUUUGCGAAAAAUCUUGACGAGUUUAAAGAUUUAUUCGAACAGGAAAAUGUCACUUUUAGUCACUUGUGGGCCGAUCAAAAACGCUCCAUUUCAGACAUACAAGCCGACAUUAAUUCUCUUAAACACAAUUUCGAAGAAAUGAAAGCCAAACAGGUGAGUGUGGUUUUCGAUAUCAAAACUAUCAGUCAAAUCGCGUCAGAAACGGCCGAAAAAUUUGAACUUCAAGAGCGCGAAUUUACAAAAUUCAGACAACAAUUCGAACAAAUGAAGCUGGAUUUGGAGAUUUUGGAAAAUUUGGCUUCUUGUGAUGGAAGAACAAGUCCGGGACAUCUCCUCUGGAAAAUUGCCGAUUUUGAGGAUAAAAUGUCCAAAGCGAAGGACUGUAACACUGUUCUCAAGAGUCCCAUUUUCUACACUCACAAUUACGGGUACAAAAUUAGGGUUUUAGUUUAUUUAAACGGCUUGAAAAAAUGGAAAGACCGAUACGCUCUCAUUUCAAUUCAUGUUCUCAAGGGCGAUUUUGACGCUCUUUUGAAAUGGCCGUGUCACAUCGAAGGGACUGUAACUUUGAGGGAUCAGGAAAAUAGCGCGAAAAAUUUCACCAAACAUAUCGUAGCCAAAAGACAAUCAGGAGAUGAGGAAAAUGAGGAGCCGCAAGAAUCAUCCUUUUCCUAUAUUUUUAUACCACAUGCGACCCUAACCAAAUCGCAUCACUUGAAAAAUGAUGAAAUUUUUCUCGAAGUUAAAAUCGAACAAAAUAGGAAUUUACUAACGGAAACUACGUUGUAAUAAUAUUUUUUGUAUUAAUAAAGAAAUAAAAAUGA